AUGACAGCCGUAGCCCCCCUUCCUCCGAAGAGGGCGGCCUAUCAUGCGCCACAUCUUACAGACCUCCCACCACACCUGCAAAGGUUCCCGAAGGUGACCACAUCGCAUCAUCCUCAACCCAUGCCCACCGCAUGGCUAGAACUACCGCCACCCAUCACAACGAGCACACCCGACCAUGACGAGGAGCCAGGGCAUGAUAGUGCUGAGGAAACCCCACAACAGCCUCCCGUAGCCCCCUUUCCUCUCAAGAAGUUGGCCUACGCGCUGCGCCUCACAGAUCUCCCACCAAAUCUGCAAUGGUUCAUGUAGGAGACCAAGUCUUUUUUCACAAGGCCCCACGCGCUCGAGAGGCACGGACAGAUGCUUGCCCCAAGCACGUUCGAGAAAGCCGUGCAACGCAUCCUGUGUGAGUAUGGUGGCUCUGCAUUUUACAUUAUUUGCUAGUUGCAUCGCCCGUUGCACUUUGGUGAUCGAAAGAAAGACAACACUCUUGCCGGAGAUGGAAGCGAAGGAGCACAAGACGGGACUGAAAAAAGCUGCAGCUUCAUUCAAGUGCACGGCAUUGCAGUGUUUCCGAUACACUUUUCACAACGGAUGCUGCUGCAGGGAAAAUCAAACUUAUGACGGGUUUGUCAGGAACAACAGACUUUUUAAAACACCUUGGCAUUCUUAA